AUGGGCGUUUCUGCAGAGGAUUUCAAUAAUGAUGGGUACGUGGACAUUGUCGUGACGACCUUCUCCGGCAACGACUUUGUUCUUCUGAACGAGGGAGGUACUGGGUUCCGCCGCUUUAACUUGCCGGAAGUUAGGAAACCCUCCUCUACACGCGGACACAAUGUCAUGGCUCUUGACUACAACCGUAACGGAAAGGUCGAUCUUAUCUUCAGUCAAGGGUUCCGUAAGGCAUUCACGGGUGGGUACCGCUUGAUGAGGAACAAUCUGGCCAUCGGACCAAACUCGCACUACCUCUUGGUGAGAGUCGGGAAUGAACCUAGUCGCGCGAUUACUUCAAUCAACGCCAUUGUCACGGUCCAUAUCGGUACUCAGAGGCUUACAAGGCGUGUUGGAGGACGUGGGGCCCAAUCGGGAUCUCAGUCUUACAUCGAUACCGUACACUUUGGGCUUGGAAGCACCGCUGUUGUGACGAAGGUGACAGUCAAAUGGACUACUGGCUUCAUGGUUGCGCGGACAAAUGUGAGGGCGGAUCGCGUUAUCCGUUUUGGUGUGGGUUUAUAA